AUGGAGGCACCCCACGAGGAGGAGGCCAAGAAGGUCCCCCCCAAGGACACCAUGGAGGAGGAGCAAGAGGCGCAAGAAGCCGGCCAGCUGCUCAAAAUCGACGCCAAGGGUCGACCCUUUGAUGCGGCACUGUUUGGCGAGACGGUGGUCAAGGGCUUUGAGAAGAUGUACAACAACCCACUGCUGAGCGACAUCAGCCUGGUGGUGGGUCUGGAGAAGCUGCCGGCCCACCGCAUGGUCCUCUGCGCGUGGAGUGACACCUUUCGCUCCAUGCUCGAGAACAAGGACUGGGCCGAGUCCUCCCUGCACGACCUCCCCAUCCACCUCGACGACCCCGAGGACCAGCUCCACUUUAAGAACAUGCACGUGCUGCGCUACAUGUACACGGGCUCGAUCGACUUUGUCUCGGGCGACAACAUCAUCCCGCUCAUUCGCUUGUCGGACUACUACGGCAUCCUUUCCCUCAAGGAAAUUUGCGGCGACCUGUUGGGCGAGCAGAUCAACGAGGACAAUCUCUUCUUCCUCCUCGACAUCGUGGAGCAGUUCGAUUGCAGGCGCCUCAAUGCCCACUGCGGAGAGUUCCUCGCGGAGCACUUUGGCGACAUGUGGACCGAGCUCCCCGAGCGCCUGAUGGGCCUCAAGGUCGACACCUGGGCCGAGAUGCUCAAGAGCAACGAGCUCCACAUACGAUCGGAGGAGGAGCUCUACGAGGCCGUCAUCAGCUAUGCCAAUCAGUUUAAGGCGGAGCCCCAAAUGCGAGACAAGGCGCUCACCACGCUGCUCCCGCUCAUCCGCUUCCCGUAUCUUCGCCCUCGCUUCCUCGUGCAACAGGUGGAGACCGACAAGUCAGUCAUGCACCUCCCCAUCGUCCACAGCCUCCUCUACGAGGCCUACCGCUUCCGCAUGUACCCCGCGGCGCACACCACCUUCCGCACCGAGGCCCGCAGAGGCUUCCAACGGUUUGACAGGGACCACUGCUCGUCGGCGAUGCAGCUGAGCGACGACGAGCUGAAGGCCACGCUCUCCAAUUCCUCCGGCUGGAACAACGUGCGCUGCGUAUGUCCGUUGUCGCCCUCGUACAACUACGUCGAGUUCAAGGCGGACAACGGACCUAACAUGAUGAUCGGCAUCGUCGACGGUGAUUGCGGCCGUAAUGCCUACGCUGGCCAGUUCAGCAACGGGUGGACGUACUAUUCGCAGGGCGGGCUGUACCAUGCCGGCGGCACUCCGGCGACGGGCGCACGCUAUUCGCCAGGAGACACGAUCGGAGUGGAAGUGGAUUUUGCGUCGAGCGACGGCAAGAUCAACUUCUACCGCAACGGCCAGCUCUCGGUGAGCCUCACGGGCAUCCCCAAGGAGAGCACCAACCUCUACCCGGUGGUGUGCUGCAGCGCCAUGGGCGAUGCGGUCUCCAUCGUCGUGGGCGCCGUCUCUCCGGCCGACGAAAAGGCCGGCAAGAAGAGGUCCAGCUCAGCCGCCAAGAAAGCCCGCGCGGUCGCACCCGCGCCUGCUCACCCCGGCUACGAUGACCCACACCCAGAUGACCUGGCGACGGACGACGGCGACUUCUAA